UCCCCCUGCUCCCCCGGGCCGCGCCCCGGGGUCCCGCACUGACCGGCCCAUGGCGCCGCCCGCCGCCCGCCUCGCCCUGCUCUCCGCCGCGCUGGCGCUGGCUGCCCGCCCUGGACCUGGACCCGGCCUCGGACCCGGACCCGGACUCGGACCCGGACUCGGACCCGGACCCGGACCCGGACCCACUCCCGAAUGUUUCACGGCCAAUGGAGUCGACUACAGGGGCAGGCAGAACUGGACGGCGCUGCAUGGAGGGAAGGCCUGCCUCUUCUGGAACGAGACCUUCCAGCACCCCUACAACACUCUGAAGUACCCCCAUGGAGAGGGGGGCCUGGGAGACCACAACUACUGCAGGAACCCCGACGGAGACGUGAGUCCCUGGUGCUAUGUGGCUGAGCACGAGGAUGGCGUCUACUGGAAAUACUGCGAGAUCCCAGCUUGUCAGAUGCCUGGUAAUCUUGGCUGCUACAGAGACCAUGGGAACCCCCCUCCUCUGACUGGAACCAGCAAGACAUCCAAUGAGCUCACGAUCCAGAACUGCAUCAGCUUCUGUCGGAGUCAGAAAUUCAAGUUUGCCGGGAUGGAAUCUGGUUACGCUUGUUUCUGUGGCAACAAUCCCGAUUACUGGAAGUACGGAGAGACCGCCAGCAUUGAAUGUAACAGCAUCUGCUUUGGGGACCACACCCAGCCUUGCGGCGGAGACGGCCGGAUCAUCCUCUUCGACACACUCGUCGGAGCCUGUGGCGGCAACUACACCGCCGUGUCCUCGGUCAUCUACUCUCCCGAUUUUCCCGAUGCGUACGCCACUGGGCGGGCCUGUUACUGGACCAUCCACAUCCCAGGGGCCUCCUACAUCCUCUUCAACUUCACCCUCUUUGACAUCAGGGACUCAGCAGACAUGGUUGAGCUGCUAGACGGUUACACCCAUCGCGUCCUGGUGCGCUUCGGGGGCCGGAGUCGCCCUCCCCCGUCUUUUAACAUCUCCCUGGAUUUUGUCAUUUUAUACUUCUUCUCUGAUCGGAUCAAUCAGGCCCAGGGAUUUGCUGUCUUAUACCAAGCGCUCAUGGAGGAGCUGCCUCAGGCAGGGCCCACCCUCAACCAGAGCCUCACUGAGGUGAUCACCGAGCAAGCAAACCUCAGCAUCAGUGCUGCCCGAGCCUCCAAGGUCCUCUACGUCAUCACCACCAGCCCCAGCCACCCUCCACGGGCUGUCCCAGGGUGGACGGUGUAUGGCCUUGCCAGCCUCCUCAUCCUCACUGUUACAGCCAUUUUAGCCAAGGUCCUCCUGCACAUCACGUUCAAGGCCCAGCGCGUGGCUGCCCCCGGGGAGUUGAGGGACUGCCGCCAGGGCGGACCUCCGGGAGAGGUCUGGAGCAUCUUCUACAAGCCCUCCACCUCUGUCUCCAUCUUCAAGAAGAAACUCAAGGGCCAGAGCCGGCAGGAUGACCGCAACCCCCUCGUGGGUGACUAAAGAGGCUGCUGGGCCUGGUCCUCACACCAGGGCCCCCCACAGCCAGGGAGGGGUGACAGGCCCGGCCGUUGUCCUCCCUGUUAUUUCUCACCCUCCUCACCCACAGCUGUGCUCACCACAAAGGGCAGGGCCCCCACCCCUUUAUCUGGUCCAGGGGAAGGCAGCCGUAGGCUUUAGAGAAAGCUCUGGCCUGGGCAGGGGGCCCUCUCCUACCUUGCCCUUUGGGGACACCACCACUGUGCCCAAGUCUUACUGGUCAGUAAGCAUUUGGAAGCAGGAUCGGCCCAAGGAGCUUUAGGUUGGCCUGGGUCUGGCCUUGAUCAAUCUAAGGGCUCUCUGAGUAUCAAGUUCUAGGCAGAGGGACUUUGGCUUAGGCUGUGGCCUGCUCAGCGCCUCUCCCUGGCCCCCCGGCACCCCCAGGCCUUGGUCCUCUCAGCAGUCCAAGAGAGGCUGUUGUGGGACACUCUUUGGCCCCUGGGCUUUGGCCGAGUCCCUGCCUGGUGCUGAAGAUUGCUUACUCAAGGCAGGUCAUUUCCCUAGGGGGCCGGGAGCAGACAGCGUGGGCCUGAUUUCCUGGGAGGCUGUCGCCAUAGGUGGCUGGUCUGUUAGAGGGAGCUUGAGGAGUGGGCGCUCCCCCGAUCUGAUGCAAGGCCUUCUGACGCCACCACGACACCCUGGAUGGGAGUCGUUGUGGCUGAGGCUCCUGGGAUGCUGCCCCACUGCAGGGAGGGCGCUGCCUUCUCCCCUCCCCCUUCACACCCACCCCACACGUUCCAUCCCUUCCACCUUGAGACCAAAGGGGGCCCCGCACACGGACCUCUGACAGGCUUCUGGUCCUUGGGCCCCCAAGCCUGAGAGCCCCAGCUGGCCCAGGCUGUGACUUACACUUCCUGCUCAGGGCUGAGCUCCAAGGCCGUGCAAGAACAGCCCCUGUGUCAACAGCAGCUGAGAGCAGAGCUGCUCGCCUCCUGGGGGCCCCUGGGCUUUGUGUGGGUGUCUGGCCAGUACCAUCUGUCUGAGGAGGGGCCUCGUGCUGGGCUCACUUCUGACUUCACACACACGGUAUUUUCAGUUCUGUGCAUACCUCCCCAAAGUCCCCAAGCCGCUCCCCGGCGAGGCCCGUCCCAAGGCCUUGCCAGACUGGCGAUCCCAAGGCUGUAGAGGGAGGGGAAGAACAGCUGGGCCCCGUCUGCCGCAGGGGGCAGGGGCUGGCAGCCUGAGUCGGGGCAAGGACAAAGGAAAAGGAAGAGCAGAGGACACACAAACCAGAUGCCUCACAGGCUGAGUGAGGUGGAGAAACGUGGCCACAGCUUUGCUUUAAGGGACCACUGGGAUGGGAGUGAAAGGAGCAGGCAUCUCCAGUGGGCUCCGGGGGCCUGUUCUGACACAGCAAAGGAGGCAAGGGCACAGGAGCUGUCUUCAUAGCUGGGGAUCUUUGGGGAGGGCCGUCUGCUAGCAGGCGAGCCCAGGCAGCCAGCCCAUCCCAAUGGGCUGUUCUUGAUGCUCUUGGCAUCUGCUUAAAACACUUGGGGCAGGUGUGUGCAGCCAAGGGGCCAGGGCUGAGAAUAGCCCUGCUGGAGGCACUUACCCUUCUCUGAGGUCUUGUCCCAGGACAGGAGCAGCUGUCAUGCUGGCGGUCGGGGAUAUCUUCCCCAACCCCACCUCCACUCAGGCAUGUGGGAGAUGAGGCCAAAAGCCAGGAGUAGCCAUCUAGGACCUAGGGCCAGGCUCCAGAGUGAGCUGGUAAACAGCCCCACCUCAAAGAAAACACCUGAGAAGGGAGUAGGAGCCCAGGCCCAACGGCCCAUCCUUUUUAAGAAUCACCUCCAGGGGAAGCAGGGACUGACCACACCAUUAAAUCAAAAAGACUUAAAACUCAAGGAACAUCAGACAAACUCUGCGAGUUCCCUCGCAGGACGGAAGUGAUAGAUGAACUGCGUGACUUCAUCAGCUGUUGUGUGGCACUGCCCCAGGACACCAGACUCCCCAGCAGGCUUCUGUUGGGUGAGAGCCUUUGGGGGCAUCCCUGGGCCUGGUGCCCCAGUGGACCAGCUUCCCUCCCAGGAGGAGAGGGCAGUGCUUCCUGUACAUUUUUGUAGGUGGUUCAGAACCUCCCUGGGAAAUUCUCCCUGUGAUACAUACAUACAGUGUGCCCAUUGUUAAUCCCAAGUGGGUCAGGGCCCCUGGCACAGAGGGGCCCUGCUGAAUUUCCCAGUGUCUGCUGGGACCCAGGCCCAGGAACUGCAGCUCAGGACAGGUCUGGGAGGGAGAAGCACUGGAAGACCAGAUGACCCCCCCUUCUCAAAGCCAGUGUUUCUGAAGGAGGACCCUGAGCCCUCCUGCUUCCAGAAUCAUACCCAGUACCCAGGCACAGCUGCUGCUGCUGUGUGGAGAAAGGGAAAUGCCACUGAGCUUUGAGGCUUUGCCCCCCACGGGACCCUCGGCCUCAGACCUCUUGCAGCUUUUCCAGCUCUAUCCCCCAUUUGCCUGAUGCUCGGUCUCCCCUGGGGCCUUACUUUCCACGGGGUUGAGUUGUGGGCGAGCGAGGUCUGCAGGUGUGGACUCUGGGGUGUUUGCAUUGAGUCACAAGAAGCACAGCAGCGUUUCCCCUGACUCCCCCACUGUUGGGCAGGUGGAUCCCAGACCCGCCAGCCUCUCUGUAAGUCUGGACGCGCGCUCACACACACACCCAUACCCACACCCCCUGGCAUCCUCUGUUGGAUUCAGGUCAGGCCAUUUCCUCUUGGCUUUUUUCAUGAGUUUCUCUUCUUUUGGUGUGUCUGCUUUUCUCAUCCCCUUGGGAGUUUGACAGCCUUUGAUGGUACUUCCUCUGCUGCCCUUGUUUACCUUCCCCUUGCUGGCAGUUAGACCCCUGGAGAUCUCUGGGCAGGGGCCUCUCUGGCCUGGGGUCUGAGUCCCAAGCUUUCUGACCCUAUUAACCUUCCACUUCCCCCUCUGCUAAAGAGCUUGGGCCUCAGCCCUGUCCCCUCUCCAAGUCCCCUCAAGUGAACCCCCCCUUCUCUGGCCAUCUACCUGCCAAGCAGAAUGGCCUCCCUUAUCAAGAACUGGAGGGAGAAGACUUGGACCUCGUUUUACAGUUGUCCAAAUGAGGAGCCUGUGUGAAGGCUGAAAUGGAGGUCCCCUCCCCACUGGCCAAAGAGAGAGGCCACCAGUGGCGUUCUUGCUUUCUGCGGGGGGAGCACUCCGAGUCUCUCCUCCGUCUGGAUCGUUUCUCUUUGGAAGAUGAAGCUUGAUUUGUAAAUACGCUCCUGAUGUGCAACUUUGGGAAUCAAAUAGAAACGUUGAGAAUUUCGAGCUAGAAGAUGAAGUGUGACACACUGUAUACAAUUUAAUAUAUAUUUUUAGGAAUUUUGUUAUUUAAGAAAAAGGAAUGUGCUGGUACUUUACAGAAAAGAGAGAAAUGUUAUUUUACUGUCUGGAGAAAAUAAAUGUUCUCGUUGUAAAUC